CUGUUCAGUGCCUCGCUGACCGUCGACGGAGUCGCACGCGCCACCCUCUUGUUCCCCGCGAAAAAGCUCGGCCCGUGUAUACUAUACUCUCCGACUCGUCCUCCCGCUGUUUGGCUCGUGGUGGCCAGCGCGUCCACGAUCGGUGCCAAUGGCCCCCCACGAGAGACGCCGAGUAAAACCGCACGCCACCAGGGCCGAGUAAACAAGAGGGGAGGGACGAGGAGGACGGCCUGCACAACAGGAGCAACGACGGGACCCGGGAGAUGCCGGACUCGCGGGCUUGCCCAAGGCUCGAGCGGCAGGGGACGCGGGCCCCGAGAACGGACGAGAGGACAAACAGCUGCAACCGCCACCCGGGCCCGCCAGCCGCCUCUACUUUCACUUCCUUCUCAGACUUUUUCUUCUUCUUCUUCUUCUUCUUCUUCUUCCUCUCCGCCUACGCUGCCUCGUCGUCGUCUUCGUCACCAUCGACGGCACUCUCCUCGUAGCCCGACACAUCCAUAGAGUGCCGUCGUCCUUCUUGCUCUCGUUGUUGAUAUUGUUCCUGUUGUUGCUGUUGCUGUUGUUUUUGUUGUUGUUGUUGUUGCUGCUGUUGUUACUGCAGGAGUUAGUUAUUGUUAAGUGUGCGAGUGCGUGCGUGCGCGUGUCUGCCUCGAUCUACGCGUUCGAGCCGAGCCGAGCAGUGAUAUAUAUAUAUACAUAUAUACAUGUAUUAUUGCGUAUAAAUUAUUUGUACACAUGCUCAAAGUUACGAGCUCGUGUUACACACAUCGUGCAACCUUGUUGUGAAAACGAAAUCGUGACUGGGUUCGAUCCAUCCCUGAACGCCGGGGAACUACACCUACACGCGCAACUCUGGAUUUACGCGGCUUAUAGUAUUGUUAAAAUAUUCAAGUACUAUGUGUUUAUUAUAAAAUAGUAAUAUAUACUGUUACGUUGUAAGCGAACGAAAAAGCAUAGAGUUUCCAAAGGCCUACGAGGUGUUACAUAUAUAUCCAUACAAAUGAGCGGAUUUUAGACAUCAAUAAGUAGCACACACGAAUUCCUUUUUUUGCUGCUCUAACUGCACGAGUGUCAAGAAGAAAAAAAAAAAAAAAAAAAAAAAAAAAAAAAAACUAUAGAAUAACCCGUUUAGCGUCUAUUUGAUAAAACACAUAAACGAGCGUCGCCCAAAGUACGAAGGGCGUACAUCAGAGGAUCGAGUAAUCUAUAAAAUCAUAUAGUCUAUAAAAAAAAAAGGAAGGGAGCACGUGCUCGCUCCCCCGUUGGCGAGCAAUCGGCCGAGGGACGAUAAAUUUCGACGCGGACCCGACCGUAGCGGAGUCAAGCCACCAAAGGACAAAUACUCCAUGGAAGCUUGAUCGAGGGGAGCACGGCUCUUCCAGCGCGCCAUCGAAGGAGCCUCGGCUGGACGUCGAAACGAAUAAUGAGGAUGACGGCGAUCGGCGCCGCGGGAACUUAGACGGAGAGCCCCGAGGCCCCCAACCUCUACCUUCCCUGUACACGUCCCGCGGAGCUCGGCCGGCAACAUGGACGUCGCGGCCUCGGCUAUGCUGGACGGCCUCAAGAACAACCGGAUCAGCAAGCUCGCCCUCUCGAAGUUCCUCUCUCAGAGCUUACCAGUUACGCCGGCUAUCGAAGAGAAAAGAAACCACUCUCGUCCGAAUGCCAGCGAAAACGAAGCGCAGCUAGAAACGACAGGCAGUCCCGGAAGCAAGUCGCCGGCGGGGGUGAGCGGUGGCCCGGCAUCGGCGACCGGCAGCAGUGGCACGGCGGUGGGCCCCGGUGGAGAGCCUCGAACGCCCACCACUGGCCCCCAGAACAAGCAGCUGGCGAACGUCAAGGGCGAACACCCUUCGAAGGCCUUUUUGCAGAGCAGAUCUGUCUCGCUGGUCGACAUGUACAUCGACAACGCGGAGCCCACUGAGAACGUCGGGCAGAUCCACUUCAGCCUCGAGUACGACUUCCAGAGCACGACGCUCAUUUUGCGCAUCAUACAGGGCAAGGACCUGCCAGCGAAGGAUUUGUCCGGCACGUCCGAUCCUUACGUGAGGGUGACUCUGCUGCCCGACAAGAAGCACCGCCUCGAGACGAAGAUCAAACGGAGGACCUUGAACCCUCGGUGGAACGAGACCUUCUACUUCGAAGGUUUUCCCAUUCAGAAGCUCCAGAGCCGCGUUCUCCACCUCCAUGUCUUUGACUACGAUAGAUUCUCGAGGGACGACUCCAUAGGCGAGAUGUUCUUGCCGCUCUGCCAAGUCGAUCUCUCGGAGAAGCCGUCGUUCUGGAAAGCCCUGAAGCCACCGGCGAAGGACAAGUGCGGCGAGCUGCUCUGCUCGCUCUGCUACCACCCGAGCAACUCCAUACUCACGCUCACGCUGCUCAAGGCCCGGAACCUCAAAGCCAAGGACAUCAAUGGGAAAUCGGAUCCGUACGUGAAGGUGUGGCUGCAGUUUGGCGAAAAGAGGGUAGAGAAGCGCAAGACGCCGAUAUUCAAGUGCACCCUCAACCCGAUCUUCAACGAGGCCUUCUCCUUCACCGUGCCCUGGGAGAAGAUCAGGGAGUGCUCGCUCGACGUCAUGGUCAUGGACUUUGACAACAUUGGCCGCAACGAGCUCAUCGGCCGUAUACUCCUUGCAGGUAAAAACGGGAGCGGUGCGAGCGAGACGAAGCACUGGCAGGACAUGAUAACGAAGCCGAGGCAGACAAUCGUGCAGUGGCAUCGCCUCAAGCCCGAGUAAAGCUCUCCUGUGUGAUGCACACCAGGGAAAAGGCCGUACAAUCAGCCCAACAUCGGUAGCGAUCGGCUCUGGCGCGGUACACCUGUACACGAUCACCGCAGGCGAGCCGGCAGGCGAAGCAGCCCGACGAAAUUAUUACGCUUCUAUCUCCCUCUCACACGAGCACCCAAAGAUAUUACUAUACACCCAUCUCUCUCCCUCUCUUUGACUCGCGGCGUGCCCGUGAGCACGACAGGUCUUCCUUCGCUGCUCCAAGGAUGUCCGGGGAGAAGGAGCGAGUUCUUUGGGGGAGAAAAAAAAAUAUAUCUUCGCCCCACCAAGGAGCGGGAGACACAGUUUGCUCGCUGCAACACGAUUUACCUGUGCGAACCCGAGGGCCGAGAUCGUCGAACCGAGUGUGAUACUGGCAGGAGCGGCAGCGCUGUCCUCGGCUAAUAAUAAUAUUACAUCAUUAUUACAAUUACAUAAGAGAUAGUCCGUAGUUACGAUAAUAGGGUAGCAAAUAAUCUGUUUAUUGUCGUCUAGUGUACAUUAUUACCUCUCGUUUUUGUUAUCUCUCGUGUAUAUAUACAUACAUACAUGAUUAUGUACUCCCGCGAUAUUCUUGCUAGAUAAGAUGUGUCGCAGUUUUGUCUGUCGGUAUAGAUGAUUUUUUUUUUUUUUUUUUUUUCUUUCUCGCGACUUGUAAGAAGUCGAGGGGGAAGAGGGUGACAUAAAGCACACAGCGGACAAAACUCAAAGGCUCGCUAGUGUUUUUGAUAGCGUAACUUCGUACGAAAAAUAUCUAUAUAUAUAUAUAUGUGUAUGAAUUUACGAGUCCCCCGCGUCGUUGGCUGCGAUGCGGAUAAACAAAGUAGUUUUGUAAAAAGUACGCGAUGUAUAUCCAUUGAUCGCUCGGUCGGAGGGUGUGAAAGGGCAUCCCCCAACCCCCAUCCGUUUUUUUCAUAUACAUACAGCGUCAGCACUUGACUUUACGUACAAUAAGUAAGUAGCUUUCGUAAAUAUUAAGGAGUACCCACGUGCGAUGUACUGUAUAUACAUACAUAGAAGUCGAUACGAGUGGGAUAAGGCGCAGUUGUCGUUUGGAUGCGACGACUAAUUAUACGUGUAUUUGCGAUUAGUUGCCUGUUUUGGAGAUUUUGUUUUUCGUGUUUUGAGUAUGAGAAACUUAUGGUACGUACGUUUGGACGGAUGAAGGGAGAGUUGAGUGGAAAAACGUGAUGGUAUACGGUAGGCGAUUACUGGAACCUGCGUUUACGUGACUAAAUUUGAACGUCUGAUUAACAAACAAAGGAAAAUGUAAAAUUGCCAUCGAUCGAUUUUAAUGUGCGAAAAUAUCUUGACGUUAUAAAUUUCCACGCCAAUGAAUUGCAAUGUGAGACGGGGUAGUGGAAUUUCACCUACUCGUACCGAUCAGGGUAAUUUUUAUACACAAAUACAUGGUAUUUACCGAUCAUUGAUUUAUUAAUUUUUUCGAUCAGUAUUUAUAUACAGAAGUUUUGUGAAAAAAUAAUGAAAAAAAAAAACAAUACGCGAAUUCGAGACCAAUCAUCAAAAAGACAUUUUGACAAAACUCGAAAACAAGUAAAAAGGAGAAAAUACAGUCCUGCUACAAUGAAAAAACUCGAUCAGGUGGAGAAGAAAUAUUGCAACACAAGUGUAGUGGAAAAAGUUUGAUCGAUUCGCGCGAGGGAACAAGCGACGCAUAUAUUUGACGCUGAUUAAUUGCAUUUGGGUAAAUUUGAGCACAACCGCGGGUAUUCCAGCAACAAGUGCCAGAUAAGGAGGCGCGAGUGGUUGUGAGCAAAAAGUUGAUGCUGUUGUUAACAAUAAUUUUAAAAAAAAUCGAGACAAAACUAGAAAGCGAAAUGCCUUUGAAGACCUUUUGAUGCUCUUGUAAGAUGGAGUAAUACCAUAUUUAUGAUAUAUAUACGCGAUAAACGAAAAAGACUCUUUUCCAUCUCUUUGUUCAUUACAGCACGUGCAGCAGAUGGAAAAAGAGUCUGUCAGUUUCCAUAAAUUACACGCGCGGACAACUGUUUCGAGGUGCACGUGCAGUCUCUGUUUUAUUAUUUUUGCGCGCCAGAGUCGCUGACGGCUACCGUGAAAUUGAAAAGUUCCACAGGACCCCUGUCUCCCUCUCUCUUGCACUACUCAUCUCAUCCAUGUAUCUGCCGUCGCAGCUACUUUUAGUUCGAUAACAAUAUACAUACAAUGGACUAAACGCACUUGCACGUAAUUGAAUUUUCGUCCGCCACGGUGUGGAUUACGCGGUCCGAAAGCUCAGCAAAAAUUCAAUUCUUCGUUCGUACGACUCGACAUUCAUUUCCGUCAUCGAGAUCAAACACAGCGAUUUGAUGCACCGAGAUUAUACCGACGCUCAACGGUACCCCGCGGCUAAUUAAUCCUCGGUGCUACUGUCUCGUGUCUCCGUUUACUCGCCAAAGUCCAGCUGGGACCGAGCAAACAUGCCUUUUGAUUAAUAUAGGACCCGGCGACAAAUAACUUGAUUGAUACUACUCGAGUAAGUAUUCAUCCGGGGCUGUGCGCGUGCAUUCGUGUACGGAAUGCGGAACGUACCUACCCAGUCUCGUAUUUGCAUGCCGGCUUUGUAACAAUUGCACCUGCCGUGUAACGCGUGAGUGAAUUAGCAUCGGUCGCCGUGCCAAUGGUAUCACUCGAGUAUAUACUGUACGUGUGGACGAAAAAAAAAAAAAAAAAAA